UCUCCGAGGAGUGUGUGAGUCACACUGUGUGACUGUGUGAGAAUUGCUUACCUCAUCAAUGGCUGGCUUUACUCUUCUUCCAUCGCGGUUACUCGCAUGUCCUUCACGCUCUCUGCCUCGUCUUCUUCAUCACCAAGCAAAGCUGAUUCUCCGCUGCCAAAUGUCGUCGUCUUCUUCUUCCUCUCUCGCUGAUUCCAUCACGCUCACGAGCCAACCCGACGAGCCUGUCCUUAUCUCCGCAGCUCCCGGGAUCUCAUCCUCAGAUUUCAGGGAUGCAAUAGAUUCAUCUCUGUUUAGGAAUUGGCUAAGAAACUUGGAAUCAGAGUCUGGAAUCUUAUCUGAUGGGACAAUGACAUUAAAGCAAGUUUUUAUUCAGGGAGUUGAUAUGUUUGGCAAAAGAAUUGGCUUUCUCAAAUUCAAAGCCGAUAUUUUCGAUAAAGAAACUGGUCAGAAGGUUCCAGGUAUUGUAUUUGCAAGAGGACCAGCUGUAGCUGUUCUCAUUCUCUUGGAGUCAGAUGGUGAAUCUUACGCGGUUCUUACAGAACAGGUUCGGGUUCCUACUGGGAAGAUUGUUCUGGAAUUACCUGCUGGAAUGUUGGAUGAUGAUAAAGGUGACUUUGUUGGAACUGCAGUUCGUGAGGUCGAAGAGGAGAUUGGUAUAAAACUGAAAAAAGAAGACAUGAUUGAUCUCACUGCUUUCCUUGACCCAUCUACAGGUUACCGGAUUUUCCCUUCUCCCGGAGGCUGUGAUGAAGAGAUGAGCGUGUUUCUGUACAGAGGAAAAGUUGAACAAGAGACGAUCAGACAAUUGCAAGGCAAAGAGACAGGACUUCGUGAACACGGUGAGUUCAUCAAAGUCCGACUCAUCCCAUACAGAGAGCUCUGGCGCAAAACAGCUGACGCCAAAGUUCUUGUGAGCGUUGGUCUCUACGAAAUGGCCCAGAGAGAGGGUCUUCUCCCCAGAGACUUAGAUCAUUAGAUGUAAUGCUGUAAAAGGAGUUUUUUUUAGUGCUAUGGAGGUUAUGACGUUAUAACAUGGUAACCUGAAAGAUUGGAAAUUCAUCUUUAUAGCUAAAAGACCUUACAAACCCUAAUUUUGGGUUUAGCUUUCCAAAAGUUUACGUUUUGCCAA